UGUUCGAUGCGUCAGCCAAGUCCCCACAAGGUCUUCUAUUUGGCUCCUCGUACCAUCUUGGUAAUUUCGACGAAUGCAUCGCUAUUCAAGACCCUGGGGAUAAUGGAGUCACCAUCGAGGGACAGUACUGCCUUGCGACUAUCAACUGGCAACAUGAAGAGGAGAAGAAGGUUCGAACCGGGCGCGGUGAGACGUUGCGUUGGGCGGUUUGCGUUCCCAAUGGCUGCAACGCUAACUCCGUCCAGAGCUUUGUAAGCAGCGUCCUUUCUUACACGGUUGGGAAGAACACUGGAGUUGAUGUCACCGAAAGAGACUGUUAUACCAGAAGACCUAUGUCCAUCACUAAUUUGGAUGUCGGAUUUUUAUCUUUGAUCCUGGUGUUCAUGGCUAUUUUAUUCCUAAGCACACUGUUCGAGAUUGUCACCGUUUACAUGGGAAAGAAGAAGGAAUCUGCUAUCAAAGAUCUUAUCAUCUCCUUCUCCGUCAUUAAUAAUGUAAAGAAGAUCAUCUCCACCAAGCAAAAUUCGAGUCUUGGGCUGGAGUGUGUUAAUGGCAUCAAGGCUUUGGCCAUGAUCUUCAUCUUGGCCGGUCAUGCUUGUCUUUUUAUUGCCAGUGGACCUGUAAUGGAUGCUGCUGCUUGGGAUCGGUUAGUUCGGGAUCCAGUGAAUGGAUUCAUGUUGAACAAUGCAUUGUUGGUGGAUACGUUCCUUUUGCUCAGCGCUUUCCUGUUCAGUCGACUUCUACUUCUAGAACUGGACAAGAGACGAGGAAGGCUUAAUGUUAUACCUAUUCUAGUCUUUAGAUAUAUAAGGGUAACUCCAUCUUACUUAGUGGUGAUGCUGUUCUACAUGACAUGGUUUCCCAAGAUGGGAGAGGGCCCGUUAUGGGAAGAUCGUUUGUUGCUCGAACAGGAGCGUUGCAUGACCUCAUGGUGGACGAAUAUUCUUUACAUUAACAACUAUGUGAACACUGAUAAAAUGUGUAUGUUCCAAUCCUGGUAUCUAUCAGUCGAUACGCAGCUGUUCUUCGUCGCUCCCAUAUUCAUCUACAGCGUUUGGAGCUUUAGAUAUGCGAAGAAGUGUCAUGACUGCAUCUUAAAAGAAGCGCACAUCAAGACGCACAUGAAAAUGAUAACUUAUUUCUUGGGAUUGUUGACUGGAUACGUGCUACAUCGGAUUCAAUCAGAAAACUACCAGUUGUCUGCUACGCUGAAGUCCUUCGGGUGGACGAUCAGCACCAUUCUCGGCGCAGUGACCACCUUCUCUGUCAGCAUAUUCUACCAAGAAUGGUACCAGUACAGCAGUCUUGAAGCAGCCGCUUACAUCUCCCUGCAUAAAGUCGCCUGGGGCAUCGCCAAUGGAUGGUUGAUCAUCGCCUGUGCCACUGGCAAUGGUGGUAUUCUUGGCAAGUUGUUAUCCUGGAAAUUCUUAGCUCCGAUGUCCAGGCUAACCUUCUGCGCUUAUCUGGUCAACGGUAUUGUCGAGUUGUACUACGUUGGACAGUUAAGGCAUCCGAUGCAUAUCACAUUCUUUACUGUGGCGGCGUCGGCGAUCUCCCAUAUAAUAUUGACAUUCGUCCUUGCCAUGAUGCUGUGUAUAACAUUCGAGUCGCCGUUACAUGGGAUAGAAAAAAUACUGCUAAAAAUGUUCGCCGGACCAAAAAGAGACAGCGAUAGUAGCAGAACCGAUUCUGGAGAAUCAUCGAGAAAUACUAGUCAAUCCAAACUAGAUUCAUAGCGUUUUUAAAUGUAGAUAUUGACGAAACGAUACGUGUGUUAGUUAUAUUAUCAGGUGCUAUCAACUAGUUGGUUGACUAGUUGACCAAUUCUCUGCAAGUCGAUCAACCAGUUCGUAUACUGCACUUGCAUUAUUUAGGUUCGUCCUGUCUUGGGAUGGACCGUACAUGCAGAAUAGUGGAUAAUUUGGUUGCAUCUUCGGGGAUAUAAGGCGUUUUUUGAGCCUGCCUACAUAAUGAUUUCAUGUCUUUACGCGAAUGUUAGACUUUCUACUAAAUACAAUUGUA